CUCUCUCUGAUCAUGUCCAGCGAGACUUCUCCUCUUCUCAACUACCGCCUCUACAAUGUGGCCGGCGGCUUCGCCGAGAGUUGCGUGGCUGCAUCGCAGGAGGAGGUCGCCGUCUCUCAGCAGGAUGACAGCAGGAAGCUUUCCACUUUCUUCGGGGUGGUGGUCCCCACCGUCCUCUCCAUGUUCAGCAUCGUGAUCUUCAUGCGGGUUGGUUUUGUCAUCGGUCAGGCCGGGUUCCUGCAGUCACUCCUCAUGCUAGUUGUGGCUUACAUCAUCGUCAGUCUAACGGUGUUGUCGGUGUGUGCCAUCUCCACCAAUGGAGCAGUGAAGGGUGGCGGGGCUUACUUUAUGAUUAGCCGUACGUUGGGCCCAGAGUUUGGCGGGAGUAUAGGCCUGAUGUUUUUUCUUGCAAAUGUUUGUUCCUGUGCGGUUUACAUUCUGGGACUGGUGGAGGCUAUUCUUGACGUGUUUGGAGAGCUUCCCAAUGCAGCAGAUACUGAAACCAGAGGCAUUCAUGUGCUGCCGCAGAACUACCUGUACGAUGUCCUGUACGCCUCCAGCAUCCUCUUCCUCUGCCUCCUGGUCUGUCUGGUCGGAGCCCAGAUUUACGCCAGGACUAGUUUCCUGAUCUUCCUGGUGGUCCACAUUGUCCUUAUCACCAUCGUUGUCAGCUUUUUCGCAGUGAGCCCCAAGACCAUCCUGAUCGUGAAGCAGUCCGGCAAUGAGAGCCGGAUCAUUUACACCAACUACACUGGCUUCAGUACAGCAACACUGAAGAAAAAUCUCAUGGAUGAUUAUUCUGUGGAUUACACCACCAACUAUAUGAUGACGUUCGCAACGGUGUUCGCUGUCAUGUUUAAUGGCUGCACUGGUAUCAUGGCUGGCUCCAAUAUGUCUGGGGAUUUGAAGAACCCAAGCUACUCGAUUCCCAAAGGCACGGUCAUUGCUGUCAUCUAUACCUUCCUGGUCUACUUACUGCUGUUCUUCCUAGUCAGCUUUACCUGUGACAGGGCACUACUUAAAGGGGAUUACAUCUUCUUCCGGCAAAUCAAUGUCUGGCCCCCGUUUGUGGUAAUCGGUGUUUAUGCUGCCUCGCUGUCUGCAUCGAUGAGCACCCUGAUAGGGGCAUCACGUAUCCUACAUGCCCUGGCCAGGGAUGACCUCUUUGGGGUAAUACUCGCCCCUGCAAAGAGAACCUCCAUGACAGGAAACCCCUGGGUCGCCGUUCUCUACACCUGGUUAAUGGUUCAGUCUGUGCUGUUUGCAGGUAAACUGAACACUAUUGCUGGCAUUGUCACCAUCUUCUUCCUGAUGGCUUAUGCUGCUGUUGACUUGGCCUGUUUGGCACUGGAAUGGGCCUCCGCACCCAACUUCAGGCCUACUUUCCAACUCUUCAGCUGGCACACGUGUUUGCUGGGGAUAAUCAGUUGCCUGGUGAUGAUGUUCCUGAUCAACCCGGCCUAUGCUUCCUGCGGGAUUGUCGUCAUGCUGAUCCUCCUGGUGGUGAUCCACUACCGGUCUCCCACCAGCAGCUGGGGCUACAUCAGCCAGGCCCUCAUAUUCCAUCAGGUGAGGAAGUAUUUGUUGCUCCUGGACAUUCGGAAAGAACAUGUCAAAUUCUGGAGGCCUCAGAUCUUGCUCAUGGUGGCCAAUCCGCGGACCAGUGCUCAGCUCAUCACCUUCAUCAAUGACCUGAAGAAGGGGGGGCUUUUCGUGUUGGGCCACGUGGAAAUCGGGGAUCUUGACACUCUGCCAACUGACCCCAUCCAGCCACAGUACAACUUCUGGCUGAGCCUGGUGGACAAGUUGAACGUCAAGGCAUUUGUGGAUCUGACUCUGUCUCCGACAGUCCGCCAAGGGGUGCAGCAUCUCCUCCGCAUAACGGGACUCGGUGGCAUGAAACCCAACACACUGGUCCUCGGUUUCUACGACCACUGCGUGCCAGAGGAUUACUUCCUGUGCGACCCGGCCUUCAAAGACGCCAAGGAGAACGACCAUUUUGGCGUGGACAUUGCCUCUUUGCAAGCCCACUUCCCACCCGUCCGGGAUGGAGAGACCAGCAGGAGCCUGACGGAGGCGGAGUAUGUCGCCAUCAUCUCGGAUGCCCUCAAGAUGCAGAAGAAUGUCUGCCUGGCCCGCUAUUUCUUCACCAUGAACAAGAAAGACCUGUUCGCCAAGAAGCGGCCAGAGCGGGUGUCCAUUGAUGUCUGGCCACUGAACCUCUUGAGGCCUGACAGCACCAACUACGUGGACAUGUGCAGCCUCUUCCUGCUACAGAUGGCCUGUGUCCUGACCAUGGUGGUCUCCUGGAAGGGUGCUCGGCUGCGCAUCUUCUUGUGCAUAGAGUCCGGUGACGACAGCUGGAUCAAGAAGGAGGAGAAGCUGAGGGAACUCCUGGACAAGCUGCGAAUCAAGGCCACCAUCAAGAUUGUGACCUGGGACGACGUGGUGAGCUUGCACUGGCAGAGCCGGCUGUCUGGCGAGGAGCACGAGGCGGCCCGCCACUCGAGCGGCGACCCCUCGGCCCUGAUCUCGGACGAGUACCUGCGGGCCGCCAACAGGAUGGUCCUCGACCAGGGCUUCCACACGGCUGUCAGGUUCCUCUACCUGCCCCGGCCGCCUGCCGACGCUGCCCGCUCCCAGCGCUACCUGGAGCAGUUGGACAUCCUCACCGAAGGCCUCGGGCCUACCCUGCUGAUCCACGGCCUCACUCCAGUCACCUGCACUGACCUGUAAGGGCAGCAGACACUUGGAAACGCCAGCGUCACGGGCACUAAACCUUUGAACACUGAGCUCCGAGAUGACCAACUUGUAUUUGAAAACAGUGACAUGCCUUAGACAAUUUUGAGAGGAAUCAUUCACAUUGCCAUUAUUUAUAUUUAAUAGAGGGGAAUUUAAUGGAAAAGAAUGUGUAAU